GGAAAGCCCUUCCUAUCGGGAGUCGCUCCGCUCUUUCCUCUUUCACACAGAUCAUCUACAGCGAUUCUCCCGCGGCGGCUCCGGAGGAUCACACACCGCCGAGAGGAGCUCUCAGCCCGGGCAGCGAGUACACGGUCACUGUGCAUGUUCCGGGGUAGCGCGGUUUGGGUGGAGCUCCUGACCGAUCUGAGGAAUGUGACACUCGGACGAGAAAGGAGGCCCGAGUCGGUUGUUUGACCGUGGAAGGCGAAAUCCCCAGUCGGUACAAAGACAAGAGAGGGAACGAGUUGUGCUGCGAAGCGUGGAGAGGCUUUUGACUUGACUUUCGACCACACCCAGUCCAACAAUGGCGCACCGGUCACAGAGCUCGUCGGUUGGCGAUAAUCCGCUUGACCCAAACUAUCUUCCCCCACACUACCGCGAGGAGUAUCGUCUAGCUAUUGAUGCUCUGAUAGAAAAUGAUAUUCAGGGCUACUUCGAAUUCCUCCAGAAGUCAGAUCUGGUGGGUUUCCUGUCCCAGACAGAAAUUGAAUACAUCAAGUCCACACUUCAAGGACCCUGCCAGACUACGGGCGCCCCUGAGCUUACAUAUUAUGAGGGAGGGCAAGACGCCGAGGGCUCCUCCGACACCUACUGGCCAAUGCAGUCCGACAUAGCUGCACCGGGGCUGGACCUGGGAUGGCCGCUUCCACAUCACAGCUUCAUUGGACCCACAGAGGUCACAACUCUGGUCAACCCCUCUGACUCAGAAAUGCCUAGCAUUAAGGACCAGGCCAGGAGACUCAUUAAGAAUGCACACCAAGUUAUUGCAAUAGUGAUGGACGUGUUCACAGAUGUUGACAUUUUUGCUGACCUCUUGGAAGCAGCAGGACGGCAUGUUCCUGUUUACAUUUUACUGGAUGAGAAGGACGCUCCUCAUUUUGUCGCUAUGGUUAUGAGCUGCAAAGUCAAUCUGGACUCCAUUCACAUGAUGCGUGUCAGGACCGUUGCAGGAGUAAGAUACUACUCACGGACCGGGAAAUCAUUUAAAGGACAGGUGAAAGAUCGUUUUCUCUUGACUGACUGCAGAGCUGUCCUUAGUGGGAACUACAGUUUUAUGUGGUCAUAUGAGAAGAUCCACCGCUGCAUCGCACAUCUCUUCCUUGGGGAACUGGUCACUACUUUUGAUGAGGAGUUUCGUAUUCUCUAUGCUCAGUCGGAGCCUUUGGUCAUUGAUCCAUCCAGUGGACCACUCAGUAUCCCCGACCCGGGCACCAGCAGCUACAUGAACACACAGUUCGGUUUGAAGAGGACACAGUCUUUGCGUAACCCUAUCGGUUACAGGAGACAACCUGAGAUUACCUCAACCUUCCCAUAUGGGGAGUUAGAUCGUAACUCUUCGCUGCCUUUCCGGAGGAAUGACCCGUUUCGUCACACCAUGGAGCCUAGUGCAGGAAUUCCAAUAGGAAAAUAUUCUCAACAACAGUUUCGUAUCCAGCAGUCGUAUCUGGAGCAGGGAAAGUCCAUUGUAUCCAGGCAGAUGGAGAUGAGCUCAAGUGCCUUCAACAGACACAGCUAUGCUGAAGGAACUCAGGAAAGCUACUCAUCUUCAAGACAAUACAUGAAACACAGAGUAAUGAACAAUCUGGAUGAAACAGAUUUUCGGAGAGAGCAAAUUUCAAGUACCCAUAACUACAAUGAAGGUCCUGGUCCUGGUUCUGGCCACGGACACUAUGACCGACUUCGAGGCCGUCCUGCUCACCUUCAAAUUGACCAAUACUCAGAAUCAAGUUAUCACUCAGAUCUGGAGGCUCCACCUGGAAGCAGAGACUGCUUUUCAUCUGAGGACCUGAGAGGACCUGAUGGGCUCCAUACCCCUCCUGUUGCUGGGAGGUAUGGAGGAGUAUCUGCUAGUCGGAGACCAACCAUAGGUCAAGCGUAUGCUUGUCAGAGCUCACCAACGCAUUUGCACCCACCUGAGAAAGAACAGUUUCAAAAGCAAUCUGAUCAAGAGUAUGAUCAAGAUCCAAGUGUAAAGCAAGGCAUGAGAAGUUGGAGAAUCCACUCAUAUCUGAAUACUUAUGAGGAUGGAGAAGAAGGAUUGCCUCAGCCUAUGGGUCUUGAUGCAUUUGAUGAGCCCCUGGCUGCUGAGCAACCAGGUGUACCUGAAAGUUUAGCUCCACGCUUUGGAGUAAAGGAUCCACCAACUGCUCCCCCCAAGCCCAGACCGGAUAUACCGAGACCCCGCUUUGGAAAACCAAAAUUACCUGAGAGCACCAAUAAAGACUCUGCCCCAAAAGCAAGCAUUGAUGUGUUUCCCUCUUACAGCGAUUUUAGGUCUUCUGUUUUGGAGAGAAGAGACAGAGAGGUAGAGAAGGAAAAGGAAAUGGAGUCAGAGAAGGGCUCAGAUAGGGGGGGUGUAGAAGAUUUGGAUGUUAAGGAAACUUCUGAUCUCUUUUUGACCAGGCACGAAUCAUUCCGCUCACGCAUAAACCCUCUCCUCCAGCGUAGCUCUCGUCUGCGCUCCUCGCUUAUAUUCACAUCUUCCAAAGCAGAGAUACACAGUGGCAGUCUAGGUCUAAAACCAGCGACACAAGAAGAUGAACAGUUGAAUUCGGUACGCACCUCCUCUCUUGUGGCCCAGAUUCUUGAAAGGAGAAAGUCUUGGUCUCGUGAGCCUUUUGAGUGGCAAAAAAAAGCUGAAGAAAGAGACAAUGAAAAAGAAAAGGAGGAGAGAGAGAAAAAUGUGAGGGAGAAAGAAAAUGAGAAGAAAGAACAGCAACAGAAAAAGGAACUAGAAAACAAAUAUCCGAUUAAGGAAAAAGAAGAACCCCAUACUACUAACAAAGAAGAAAAGACAACACUAAGCGUUGAGACAACUGAAGUCAAAUCCUCAGUAAAUGUAAAUGACCUAGCUAGCAGACUACAGUAUUUUAAAGAUCUGGAUAACAAGAGAAAAGCUUCAAAAAUGGAUACAGAGCUAUCUCAAAAAGCCUUGGAGCCCGCUGAGAAAAAGCAAGUCCAUUCUGAGAAGCCUCCUCUUAACACUAUGGCUCCUCCAAAACCCCUGCCUGUAAACGUCAAUUCAACAGAACAAGAGCCCAAGAAGCCAGAUGUCUCAGCAAAACUGGCAGAAGUCUCUCGCAGACCUUCAGUAAGUUCAGUCAAACCUUCAAUAAUAACUCCAAAGCCUUUUUCAAGUUCCCUGAAGCGUUCAGAGAUACUGCAAUCCCACAAAACAGAGAAUGAGACAGAGAGUCAAAAGAAAGAUGAACCUAAGAUUCUAAAACCUCCUCCAUCACCUAAGAUCUCCUGGAAGGAUCAGCUGAAGCCUAGGUCGCUGAAUUCACGUCGCAUCUCCAGUGGCGAAGAUAUUCUGUCAAAAGAUGCAACAGAUGCUGAGAAGAGUGAAAUGAAAAAGAGUCGCUCUCACAGUUCUUCAACACUGCCACAUGCAGAGUCUAAGGAAGGACUGCACAAGGUUAUGGGAUCUAAUACUUCAAUAAACACAAUUGGUGAGGGGAAGAGUGAUGGUAAGACGCUUGAAUUCCUGAAGAAACAGACCCAGAGAUUAAAGGGGCUUCUGGGGCCGAAGGACAAAGAGAAGAAAGCCUCAGGAGAUGACAGGGGCAUGAGCACUGUCAUGGAGGUGGCUGACGAUUUAAGCAAAAAGCAGGGCACCUUAGCAAAAGUCAUAAUGUCCACAGCUACCGAACAACCUGCUACAAACCUCAAAGAAUCCACUGGGAAAUCAGCCUCAUCACGCUACCAGGCGCCGGGAAGCUCCGCUCUGUACAGCAGCAACCUGCGAGACGACACUAAAGUCAUUCUGGAGCAAAUCUCUGCCAACAGCCAGAAAAACCGCCAGGAGCGAGAAGAAACCGGAGGGGCCAAAGACAGCGGUACCACGGACAAACGACAAGAAACACAGAACCCCUUGAAGAAGAAUCGAUUUCUGCGACCAGUGGGCAACACCCAGGAGAGGGAGGGGCUGCUGAAGAGGAUAGAGAGUCUGAGGAAAGAGAAGAAAGUCUACAGCCGCUUUGAGAUGGGGAAUAGCCUGGCAUAACGAAAGAUGGAGGAUCGACCUUUUAUAUGGGAACUAUUUACGCAAGACGAUCAAAAACAGCCAUUGCCAACUUGUGCCAACAACAAGCUAUCACUCCUCAAAGUACUUCUAGUGCAAGACCUGCAGGUUUUCUGGAGCUUCACAAAGAAAUAAUAAAACUUGAAAAGACUAUAUUGAAAAUGCUGAAAUCAACAUGAUGCCACUGGGUUUGGAAUGUGCCUCUUUGCCAAUAAAUGGUACUACUUUGUCUUUAUAUGGUGAAUAAAAGACAAAAGUGACUACUUGCACACUGGCUCUGUUGGCUAACGUUUCACCAAACAGAAAAAAAGGUAGGCUGAUUCACAUUAAAACCAAGCUUGUAUGAACGUGACUGGGGGACUUGGAAAAUGAAAACAAACAGACUGCACCUUACAGCAGACAGAAGCAAAACCGAUACAUGCCAAUUAAAAAAGCACAACAGUAUUCUGCAGUAAACGUACAGUACCAGUUGUGUGUGUUCCUAGGAAUGUUUGUGUGCCUUUGACUAGUUUGUAGCUUAACAUGAGAAAGUGUCCUUGUGGUUUCAUCAUGUGCCAAUGGCUCAUCGAGGCCGUUACUAAAGUUGGAGAAUUAAUGCAUUCCCAAAGAAAUAAAGAUGUGAGUAAUAUUGAGAAUGAAGUUUGGGGAGGACUGUUUUAAUAAAGAGAAUAAGGUGUGCAAAUAAAGCUCAAACUGCAUUAGCAAGAGUGGGUUUUGAUAAAAGUCAAAGCUGUAGUGAAAUUUAUCAUGAUAAGAGAGCAAAGUCUACCUUUCUAAUAAGGUGUGGAGCCACUUUUCAAGGCUAAAGAUGUCAAACAUUCAGGGAGGGGAUCUCCUGGUCAAAGGACUUGAUGUAUGUGUGCUACCCUUUGUUUUAUGUAAAUAAAAAUGCAAAUCAUUUACAGUUUCCCUGAGUCACUGUAAAAAUGGCUGUGACAGCAUGCUGCUUUUUUAUUUUCUGGGUAUUUAACAAGGCAUUACCUCUAAAAGAAAGCAAGAGGAAAAAGCUUUGGAUGUAUUGCAGAGUUGUGGAGGAAAGGCAUGCUACCUUACAUAACUAACAUUACUUCUAAGGCCUACACCCUAAACAGGACGCCUGAUGUUGGCCUGACAACAAUUGAAAAGAAGGCUAAAGUGUUUCCUUGACACCUUAAGAGGGCAUGAAAUUAUUUUGUGUUUUUGUGGAGUACGUGUGUAGAAUGGAUUUACUGCUGAGGGUCGAUUUAAAGUUUACAUGGUUUUUGAUUCACCGUUCUACUGUACAUAUUUAUAUAUAAAGAGCUAUGUUCAUGUUUUGCCUUAUGAAUUCCUGCACUGUAAAAGUGAUUUAAUGGUGUUUUUUAUUAACAUGAGUAUGGAGUCAUUUUCCUUCAAUAUUACCAAUAUUGCUGAGGAUAAAUCCGUUGCACAGGGUUAUUGUGCUCUUUUUAAACAUUUAAUAGUAUUACACUUUUUAAUUUCUGCAAAAAAUGUAUUUCAUUAAAUACUUAAAAAUGA